AUCCCUUCAGUCCUUAACUCCUUACCCUUUUGCUCACACUGUCAAGAUGGGUUUCCAUGAAGACUCAUUGGUAGACACAAUAUGUGAAAUCUAUGUGGACAUCUCAAGGCUAGAGUCACUCAAGCCUUCAGUGGAUGUCAACAUUUUGUUCACAAAGCUUGUCUUGACAUGCAUUCCUCCAUGCUCCAUUGAUGUCAACAAGUUGAGCAGAAGGGUUCAAGAAAUAAGAGCAAAGCUCAUUAAGUUAUGUGGGGAGGCAGAAGGGCACUUGGAGAGCCAUUUCUCUGAGAUCCUGACUUCUCACAGUGAGCCUCUGGAUCAGUUAACUAUCUUUCCUUACUACUCCAACUAUCUAAAGCUUAGCCAUCUUGAGUUCAAUAUUCUGUCUGAGUAUAGCACCAAGAUCCCAAACUCUGUAGCCUUCGUGGGUUCAGGUCCUUUGCCACUCACAUCAAUUGUGUUAGCAUUGAAUCACCUUAAGACCACUGAAUUUCACAACUAUGAUAUCAACCCCAAAGCCAACUUGCAGGCGAGUCGUCUCAUUGAUAACCAUCCUGACCUCUCUGAGCGCAUGUUUUUCCAUACUACUGAUAUUUUGGCUGCUGGUGAUCAGCUAGGAGACUAUGAUGUUGUUUUCUUAGCAGCUCUGGUUGGUAUGGAUAAACAUGAGAAGAUGAAAGUUGUGAGUCACUUGUCUAAGCACAUGGCACCUAACUCGAUACUGAUGCUUCGAAGCGCUCAUGGUGCUCGAGCUUUUCUCUAUCCUGUGGUUGAUCCAUGUGAGCUUCACGGCUUUGAGGUUCUCUCGGUCUACCAUCCAACAGAUGAAGUCAUAAACUCGGUCAUCAUUGCGAGGAAGUUGGACGUCAAUAAUAGCAAGUUAGAUGUCAAUGAUUGCAACAUGGAGAUCAUGGCCAGUGCUGCACACAAGAUUCUUCCGAACAAGUGCUUGGAGAUUGAAGCUUUUAAUCCACUGAUCCAUGGUGGCAUGGUGGAGGAAGUUGCAGUUGAAGAAAGGGUUUCUUGAAUGUUUUCCUCCCACGGAGGUAGCAUGUCUUGAAUGUGACCUAUGAGUUUCGUUACUGAUUGAAUAAAAUGUUUGCUUGUGUGCUUGCUUUAUAUUUGAAUACCAAUGUCGCUAGUUUAAUCUCAGCUUGUGCUUGAGCCUAUCAAAUGAGUC